AUGUCCGCAUCCCAGGGUCAGAUUACCGACCCAAGUUCAAACGAUUUGCCUUUAGAUCCUUCUGUUCCACGACCUUCGUCGCCUACAACUUCCCGGGGCAAUAGACCAGCUAGAGACAGACACCAGAGACGUUCUUCAGCACACGAGGAUACGGAUAUGAGAGGAGAACCAAGCUACCGGCAAAUCCUGCCCCCUCAGCCUCCUAGACAAUACUCCCAUCUUCCGACCCCGCAAAGCCCGAACAACCUCGCUCAGUAUGCUCCCCGAGCCCUGUACCAGCCAGAUUCCCCUCUCAAUCAUGGUUCGCUUCCGAUGCCACUCUCGAGUACCUCUCUCAGCGGUCAAAGGACAAUGAUGGUACACAAUAAGGAACAAGAAGAUAUAGCGACGAAUCACAGCGCGCAUGGUUUCAUCACUCCUGAGUCGAGUCCCGUCAUCCAACGCAAUACCCUCCCGCGGAUAUCUGAGUUAAACCUGGAUAUUGGAAUUUCUACCCCGAGAUCGUCGAGCUAUAUCCCUCAUACUCCCCCGUACCCUAGGUCAGUAGCACCAUCUAACCGCUACAAUUCCCCGGCCAGCCUCCAAGCACCUAUCAGCUUGGCGCCCGCGCCGGACAUCCUUCCAUCGCGCGAUGCGACUCCUUCUGUCUCAGUAGAUAUCUCCACUCGCAGCACUCUUUCUUCUCCAUUUAUGAGUCGCAUUGGUGUUGCUGACCGACACUCCAAUGCAAGGACCCCGCGCCAAGGCCCUGUGCACUCACCACCGCCACCCUCCUCCCAAGCAGUUCAACCAAGUGACCUCUUCUCCGCAUCCCGGUACUCUUCAGCACACACGCCCCCAGUUUCCCCACCGCUGCCCCCAGCCGGUGGCGAGAUUGACAGGAUUCAUCAAGCCAUGCGCGCGCAAGCCCAAGAAGCGGAAACUCGGAGGCCUGAAUACCUCAAGCGAGUGAAGCGAUCUAUUUCGGAAGUCGAUGCACCCGAGCUUGACGAAGAGCGGCACGCGGGGGUGGGAAUUGGGAUAACCGAAAGCCCGCUCAAAGGACGACGAUUGAAGUUGUUUCAAGAGACGUCAGAGGAGAGCUUUGAGGAGAGCUUGAUGGCCGGUGGAUAUGGGAGAUAUAGGACCGCAGAAUGGGUUCGGCAGCCACAACCUCUUCCCUCGCCUCAACUUGCUGGACCGUCGAAUGUCGUGCCACUACUUGAGCAAGAAGCUGAGCCCACCCAGAAAGAGUUGCAAAAGAGACGCCGUCUGGAUGCCUUCCGUGGAGAACGUCCCGCUGUACCUAAAGCGAAGCUACUCACUGUGGAAGUAGAGGGCAAGGGCAGGAUAAUAGUGGAGGCUUCAACGGAGGAAUCUAUCCCCCCUCCACCAGAGCCCACUCCUUCCAAGAAACGGAGCAACGCCCGACGGAAGAAGAAGGGCGCUGCUGACCAAGACCUCGCUGUAAAGGUAGAAUUAGCAACGGUGCUCGGUAAGUCCCAUGAGGGCCGUGCGGCUGAGGGUCCAAACUGGCCCGAUACAGAGUUCCCUUGGAAGUUGCGCACGGAUGAGCGGUCUCAGAUGAAGCAUCUGGAGGAGGAAGAGCGGUUGAAGUGGAUAGAGAGGUUUUUAGAUCGUGACUCGGAUGAAGAGGAGGAGGACGGGUCCCCGCCUAUCACGAUAGCAGUAGAGGAGCCGCUGAAGGUUGAGGAAUCUGAGGAUACCGCAGAGAUUUUGAGGCGAGGGCGGGGGAAGUGGGUACCACUACAGACCAACUCGUCGGAGAACAUGCAGACUCGCAGGCGCACCUUCUUUCCGACCGAUCCAGCAGACGCUCGCGCAGCGCUGCUAGCCAAGAAGAGCAUCCGCAUGUUAUCGUACCGCCAGCAGAAGCGUCAGAGGAUAGAGCGAGAUCUGGACGGCGAGGAGGUCCUUUGUGUCUGUCGCGGCCAUGACGAUGGUCGAGAGCUAGUGCAAUGUGACGGCUGCCUGACCUGGUAUCAUCUCCAGUGCAUAGGCAUCAAGAACAUCGCAGAGCUAGGACGUGAAGAGGACCCGUGGUACUGCGAGGUUUGCGAGGCCGAGCAUGCUUCGACGGGAUCGGAUGAUAUCAACAUGGCGGAUGUGCUAAUGUCGGAACCGACCUUCGCGCCCUCCGAGGACGAACCGCGCGACGCCCAGCACUUCAGCCGCACCUCACCUUUUUUUCACGAGCCCGCGCUUGAUGACUCGCCCGUUCCUUCGUGGUCGCGGGCCCCGAAGACGCCUACACGCACAACAGUAGAUCCUAGCGAAUUCGGCUCGGGGAUGUCCUUGGCUUCGAUGACCAGCUCGUCUACGUGGCCGGAGUCUUCACGCCCAGGUCCUUCGACCCCGCGCCGCUCGGCUCACGACUCCUCGCCGCACCAGGCACUUCCUUAUGGCUACGACGAGUCGCCUUUCGAUCCCACAUCGACGCCAUCUCGGGGCAUCAAGUUCGGGGCAUCCUUUGCCACCCCGAAGAACAACCCGUGGUCUAAUCGGGGUUUCGGCGGGCGAGAUCCCUCGCAGCACCUGAACCGUUCUUCUGAUCCCUACGAGACCGUCCACAACGCCAGCCCAGCCCGGCCCACCUUCUCUUACGAGGAAUCACCGACUAUGCGGACGCUCGAGAAGCCCUCCCGCCAAAGCUACGGGCGGCGCAUAAUGGAGCCACGGGUCCUGCCGCCGCUGGCGGAGUCGCCGAUCCUCAAGGGCAGGGACGUGAUCAAUGGGCUGCGUCGCGAUUUCUUACCACCAAGUAUGUUCGCUCAGAACAUGUAA